GCUUAAACCCUCACCUCCCAAACGAACACACACCUCAACCUCCCCCGAGACGACGGCGGCGACGGCGACGGCGAUGGCGAAGGAGAGGAAGCGGAGGCAGCCCGCCGACGCGCCGCCGCCGGGGGACGACGACGAGGGGAGGGACCACCGGAGGGAGAAGAAGCCGAGGAAGGAGAGGCCCGACCCGGUGCUGCCGUCGCAGAUCAAGAACAAGGACAAGCGCAAGGAGGUGCACGCGAAGCUCAAGCGCGAGAAGAAGGCCCAGAAGCGCAAGCUCGCCCGCGAGCGCGGCCAGGCCGCGCAGCGCGCCGUCGAGCUCGGCGAGCAGCCGCCGGAGAAGCUGGUGCCGCGGACGAUCGAGAACACCAGGGAACCUGACGAGACCGUGUGCCGGCCCGACGACCAAGAGCUGUUUGCAGGGAAUGAUGCUGAUGAAUUCAAUGCAGUUCUGAAGCAGCAAACAACUCCAAAAGUGUUGAUUACCACAUGUCGCUUCAAUUCAGGCAGGGGACCUGCCUUUAUUGAGGAGUUAAUGCAAGUGAUACCCAAUUCGUGUUAUGUUAAAAGAGGAACUUAUGAACUCAAGAAAAUUGUGGAAUAUGCAAAUAACAGAGAUUUCACUUCACUUGUUGUUGUCCACACAAACCGAAGGGAACCUGAUGCUCUACUGAUCAUCAAUUUACCUGCUGGUCCUACUGCACAUUUUAAACUAUCUAAACUUAUUCUGCGGAAGGACAUAAAGAACCACGGCAACCCCACAAGUCAUAAGCCAGAGUUAGUGUUGAACAAUUUCACUACGCGCCUUGGUCAUCGUGUUGGAAGGAUGAUACAAUCUCUUUUCCCUCAAGAACCCAAUUUCCGUGGUCGGCGAGUUGUGACCUUCCAUAAUCAGAGAGACUAUAUUUUUUUCCGUCAUCACAGGUACAUCUUUGAGAUGAAAGAAAACAAAAUUGCUUCAAAGGACAAGAAAGCUAAGACUUCUGAAAGCAAAAGCCAACCUGAGAAGCAAGUAAUUUGUCGCCUCCAGGAAUGUGGUCCUCGCUUCACCCUCAAGCUGCUCACCUUACAACAUGGGACCUUUGACACAAAAAAUGGGGAGUAUGAAUGGGUUCACAAGCCGGACAUGGACACGAGCAGAAGAAGAUUUUUCUUGUAAUUUAGCAUGGGAUCCUCAUGCCACACCAGAUGAAAUAUUAGUGUUGUUCGGAAAUUACUGCAUAUUCGUUUUGUGCACUUAGAAUCGUAUCACAAAUGUAACAGACCUCUAUGCACAUUUGAAGCAAUUUUGAUGAUCUAUCAAAUGAGUUGAGCUAUACGAA